AUGCCAAAGAGAACAAACCUUCCAUACACGACACAAGACUUGUUCCCUCAAACAGCGGCCACGCCAUCCUCUGCAACGUCUACACGAGCAUCCAAUGCAGCCAAUGGUGUCAAUGGCGGCGGAACAAGUACUCGAGCCGGAUCCAUUAUUUCUACUCCUUCAUCAAUUUACUACCCACGUCCCACACUUCACCAUCAUGGCAAAUCAUCACCGUUAUCAUCAUCCUAUAACACGCAAACUUUUGGCUCAGCAUCUUCAAUAUUUUCACGCAACAGAUUCAAGACUAUACGUAAAUUAGUCAAGCGACUUUUCAAGCCAAGCACUUUGGAUUUUGAAACGGCAAUAUGGGAGAUUUUCCAUUUGAUUAUCAAUCCGCGCAAAAUGUAUCGAUCACACUAUUAUUAUCGACAACAGCAACAACUGCAACAACAACAACUGCUGCUGCUGCUGCAACCGCAGGUACUGUAUGCAGAGGAUAUGGUUGGUAAUGCGGGCCGCAACUCGUAUACGAGAGAUGACCCAUCUUUUCUCAUUUUAAUUACGGGAUUCUUAUGUAUUUCGGCUGUGGCGUGGGGAGUCGUUUACCUGCCGAACCUCUUGGAUAUAUUCAAAUUAAUCACGUAUAUGGUAUUCAUUGAUUUUUAUUUGUUUGGUAUAAUCAUUUCCACAGUUACAUGGGUUGUCACCAAUAGAUUAUUCAACCUCGAAAUGGGUAAGGGAACACCUGGCGGGUUUAGUAGAUAUAGCGUCAACUAUAUCGAAUGGGGUUUUUGUUUUGAUAUUCAUUGCAAUUCGUUUUUGAUCAUAUGGUGUCUACUUUACGUUGUACAAUUUGUCUUGUUGCCCAUUAUAAGAAUCAAGAAGUCGGUAGUUGCCUUAAUUUUGGGCAACUCUUUGUAUUUUGGAAGCAUUGGCUACUACUUUAUUGUUUCAUUUUACGGAUUCAACUCUUUGCCUAUUAUUACAUCAAGUAUUAUUAAGCUGAACCACAAGAACCCGGCAAGAGUACUACAAUUAAUUGUUGUUGCGGGUAUUUUACCAUUCCUUGCCUUGACUUGGUUGCUCACCAUUGUGUUGAGGUUUAAUGUUGCAGAUAAAAUGGUGGAUCUAUACUUUAACUAG